UAAAGAGCAUAAAUGGAAACAAAUAACAAUUCUUUUCAUCAAAGAAGAUACAAGAACGUUGAACACACUUCACAUACGAGAAUAAUCUGUAUAAUAUUAAACAAAAGAAACUUAUCUCCUUUGAGAUAAGAUUGUCAUAUACCUUACCUGCUUGGUCACGAUGUUAAGUUUAAGUUUAACAUCCACAUGUGAUUUAGUCAUUUGAAAGACACUGCUCAAAUAUGUUUCCACAAAAACUCUACCAAAGCAAUACAUCAAAAACUUUACCUGAUCCAAAAUUUCCACAAUUUCGAAUGGAUGAUUUUGGCUAUGGUAAAGAACAUGUCAGAGUUAUGGCUUUGGUUAAAGAUGGACCCUACCACACGGUUAAAGAAUUUUCUGUGACAUCUCAUAUGAAGUUGGCAACUCAUAAAGAAUAUUAUGAAGCUGACAACACAGAUAUCAUUGGAAGUGAUGUCCAAGAAGUGAAUAUCUUUUUGCAUGCCAAAAAGCAUGGUCUUGGAAGUCCCGAAGACUUUGCUCUUACUUUGACCCAGCAUUUUCUAGACACUUAUCCAAUUGUCUCAGAAUCGCAUGUUCGUGUAGAAGAGAAGCCUUGGGAAAGACUAAAUGGUGAACAUAAUCAUGCUUUUUCAAUGUCAUCGACUGUCAAACGUUUUUGUGAUGUUGUACGAAAAAGAAGUGAUCCUGAGCCUCUUGUAAUGAGUGGAAUCGAUGGUCUUCGAAUCAUAAAGACAGCCCAAGCUCCAUUUGUUGGUUAUAUUAAAGCUGGACUUCAUACUGAAGGCGAUCAACCGGAUCGGGUUUUAUGCGCUGACAUCUUAGCCAAAUGGCAAUACUCCACAUUGGAAAACGUUGACCUUACCACAAGUUGGCAACAAGUUAAAGAUCUUAUCCUCAAGGCUUAUGCUGGAGAUCCAAAAACUGGAGUCACAACAACUAGUGUUCAAUAUAUUUCGUACGAAGCAGAGAAAUUGGUUUUAAGUGAAGUUCCACAAAUUUCUAGUAUAACAGUUGCAUUGCCCAACAUUAGAUAUGCUGACUUUGAUUUCAGUCGAUUUGCUGAAAUAAAAUCGAAUGUGAAGAAUUUGAGUAUUUAUCAAACUGCGGAGGUACCCAAUGGUAUUGGAUUUUCGAAAUUAGACCGAUUGGAUUGUUUGAGCAAAAGUAAAAUGUAGACUGCUUGUACAUUGAAAUAUUAAAUGAAAUAAA